AUGAGCACAGAGGACGCUGGCAACGGGUCCUCUCCCACCCCACCUCUCCUUGGGCUUCUGGUUUCAACCACUGAGCUGGUCCCACCCAUUACCGCAUCUCCCGAGAAGGCAGACCCACUGCCCAUCAUCGUCACGCUCAUCUGCAUCUUCCUCCUCCUGGCGACCUUCCUCAUCUUCGUGAUGCUCUGCGCCGGCAAGCCGGCGGCACUGGAGCAGUCCCGCUCCGGGCCCCACGAAUGCAUGCCCCAUCACCCGGCGGACGCCAGCGAGCCCCAGCUGAGGCUCUGGAAGCGGCUGGGCUCCCUGCGAUGCUCCACCAACCCCUUCAGGAGGAGUCGGCCGGUGUCCCAGAGCCAGCACACCUGCCUCAGAAGCCCUCCUGCCAGCCAGGGCUGGGACAUCAUGGAAUCCACCAAAAUGUGA